CGGGGCGGCGCGUGUUUACGUCCCGCCGGGCGCGCCGCGUCGCCGCCCGAGGUCGUCCGGCCGGGGUCCGAGCCUCCCGCACCAUGGACACCAGCGACCUGUUCGCCAGCUGCAGGAAAGGGGACGUGGGCCGCGUGCGGUACCUGCUGGAGCAGCGAGACGUGGAGGUCAACGUUCGGGACAAGUGGGACAGCACCCCCUUGUACUACGCCUGCCUCUGUGGGCACGAGGAGUUGGUACUCUACCUUCUGGCCAACGGAGCCCGCUGCGAGGCCAACACCUUUGAUGGCGAGCGCUGUCUCUAUGGGGCGCUGAGUGACCCCAUCCGCCGGGCUCUGCGGGAUUACAAGCAGGUCACGGCCUCCUGUAGGCGGCGGGAUUACUACGACGACUUCUUGCAGCGGCUUCUGGAGCAGGGCAUCCAUAGCGACGUGGUCUUCGUGGUGCACGGAAAGCCGUUCCGAGCGCAUCGCUGCGUCCUGGGGGCCCGCAGCGCCUACUUCGCCAACAUGCUGGAUACCAAGUGGAAGGGCAGGAGCGUGGUGGUUCUGCGGCACCCCCUGAUAAACCCGGUGGCCUUCGGGGCCUUGCUGCAGUACCUGUACACAGGCCGCAUGGACGUGGGCGUGGAGCACGUCAGUGACUGCGAGCGCCUGGCCAAGCAGUGCCAGCUGUGGGACCUGCUCGGCGACCUGGAGGCCAAGUGCGAGAAGGUCUCUGAAUUCGUGGCCUCCAAGCCGGGCACGUGCGUCAAGGUGCUGACCAUCGAGCCGCCCCCGGCCGACCCCCGGCUGCGGGCCGACCUGGCGCUGCUGGCCGACUGCGCUCUGCCGCCCGAGCUCCGGGGCGACCUCGGCGAGCUGCCCUUCCCCUGUCCCGACGGCUUCAACAGCUGCCCGGACGUCUGCUUCCGAGUGGCCGGCUGCAGCUUCCUCUGCCACAAGGCCUUCUUCUGUGGCCGCAGCGACUAUUUCCGGGCCCUGCUGGACGACCACUUCCGGGAGAGCGAGGAGCCCGCGGCCUCCGGGGACCCGCCGGCCGUGACCCUGCACGGCAUCUCCCCCGAGGUCUUCACGCACGUGCUCUACUACGUGUACAGCGACCGCACCGAGCUGCCCCCGGAGGCGGCCUACGACGUGCUGAGCGUGGCCGACAUGUACCUGCUGCCGGGGCUCAAGAGGCUGUGCGGCCGCAGCCUGGCGCAGCUGCUGGACGAGGACAGCGUGGUGGGCGUGUGGCGCGUGGCCAAGCUGUUCGGGCUGGCGAGGCUGGAGGACCAGUGCACGGAGUACAUGGCCAGGGCCAUCGAGAAGCUGGUGGAGCGCGAGGACUUCGCGGAGGCCGUGCGCCAGGAGGCGGCGGCGGUGGCCGCGCGCCAGGAGACCGACUCCAUCCCGCUGGUGGACGACAUCCGCUUCCACGUGGCCAGCACGGUGCAGACCUACAGCGCCAUCGAGGAGGCGCAGCAGCGGCUGCGCGCCCUGGAGGACCUGCUGGUGGCCAUCGGCCUGGACUGCUGAGCUCGCCGAGCCUGGGGGACGCGAGCCGCACGCGGAGCCUGGGGCCGGGGAGGGUCCCCUGGCCUGAGCCCCUUCCUCCCCCAGCGCACAAACCAGCUUCCCAGCCCCGGGGCUGGGCACACUCAGGGACGGGCGGGAGGGCGCAGGCCCCUGGCGCCUCCCCAGCUCCCGCCCCGGCCCUGCCCAGCCCGGCCCUGGCUUGUCGUGCCCGUGCGCGGGGCGGCCGCGCGGCCAGCAGCCUGCGUGUGACAAUAAAGAGUGAACUCGC